AUGUCUACUCCACUGGCCCUGCGCUCCAUCUUGCGCGCCCCUGCGGCCCUCCGACCACUACUCCUCCAGCAAUCCUCCCGAGCACUAUACCACUCCUACGAGCACGACGCUCCCCCAGCCUACCGGGAUCCCGAGAAUGCCAUCCUAUCUUCAGCUCUAGCCCAAGUACCUACCCACGGCUUCACGCAAGAGGCUCUGACUCUGGGAGCGAGAGACGCCGGAUACCUGGAUAUCUCCACCAACCUCUUCCCCAAAGGACCCUUCGAGAUCGUGAAGUACCACCUCGUCACGCAACGCCUAGGCCUGAAAGACCGAGUCCAGUUCCCCGACGACAAAACAGGCGUGGGCAAACGAGUCCGAAGUCUCGUCCUCGAACGCCUCCGCGCCAAUGUCGAGACGGGAGUCCUACCUCAAUGGCAACAAGCCCUCGCGCUCAUGUCCCUCGCCGAGAACAUCCCCGCCUCGCUCCGCGAACUUUCUGCCCUGUCAGAUGAGAUCUGGUUCCUGGCUGGGGAUGUGAGUGUGGAUGGGUCGUGGUAUACCAAGCGGGCUUCGCUUGCGGCUGUGUAUGCGGCGACGGAGGUUUAUCAGACGACGGAUCAGAGUACGGAGUUCAGGGAUACUGGGUUGUUUUUGGAUCGGAGGUUGGAGGAGGUUAGGACUGUUGGGGGGGUGGUGGGGAGUACGAUUCAGUGGGCGGGAUUUCAGGCGGGGGCUGUGGUGAAUUUGAUGAGGAGUAAGGGGGUUAAGAUUUGA